AUGACCCAUUUUCAGGCCGUUUAUGGUUACCCACCUCCAAAAGUGUCCUUCUAUUUUCCUGGCUCUUCUCCAGUACAUCUGGUAGAUGUCACCCUUUGUGAUCAAGAUGCACUACUUAGGCAAUUGAGGGAGAACCAACACCUCGCUCAACACAGAAUGCGCCAGCAGGCUAAUAAACAUUGUUCGGAUAGAACCUUUUCAGUCGGGGAUUGGGUCUUUCUCAAGCUUCAACCAUAUCGCCAGACAUCAGUGUCUAAGACGCAUUGCCCUAAAUUGGCUCAUCGCUACUAUGGACAGUUCAAGGUGCUUCCUCGUGUUGGCCAAGUGGCAUAUACUCUGGACAUGCCUCCUCAUUCUCGUAUUCAUCCUACCUUCCAUGUGUCCUUACUCAAACCCAAGGUGGGUGCUCAUACAGUUGCAUCACCAAUUCUUCCACCAAUUUCCUCAGAUGGUGCCUCUAUCUGGAACCCAGAAAAGAUCCUUCAGCGUGAAAUGUUCAAGCAAGACAAUCACGCAAUCAACCGUUGGCUCAUUAAAUGGAAAAGUCUUCCGGAGCAUAACGCUACGUGGGAGGAUGCCGACUCUAUCUUAACUCAUUUUCCUGAGUUUGCCGCCUAA